AUCAAGGUUCUUUGUUCGACGUCAUGGUCAAAUUAUACAGUAACGAUGGCAGUCCUUGCCUCUUCUUAUCGAUCCACCAUCAUCUCCUUCCAUCGUUCAGAUGGGUCAAAGACAUCAAGUUUUCGCUAUAGCAAAGCUCAUCCCCAAGGGCGACACCAAAGCCUACUAUCGCUGCAUCGCUGCGUGGCACCACCAAUGGUGCUAUGGCACACUUCCUCUGAAAGCUGCCCGCCGUUUCUUGACCCUUCUGCAGCAAAAGGACAAUGCCGAAAUUGUCCUUGACGAAAUCUGCCGCGUACAGAACAAAUUCGGGCGUUGGCGCAAGAAACCAGAAUUGCCGAAUCUUCCUUGCAGUUACAUUUCCUUCUUGAUGGGCUCAGCAUGGAACGCGGACAUGGACGAUCCAGCUGAUCCCUAUUUUCACCGUGGCACAUUUCUGGGAUCUAUCCUCGACGCUGACAUGGGUAGCACACGAGGAGAUAAUAACGAUGGAAUCACAGUCAUCGAUGUCAGUAAUCCCUUGAAGCCGGCAUACUGUUUCGUAUCUGUAAACGGGCUGGAGUCCGCUGAAGAAGUACCUGACAUGGAACCGUUAUCUGCCGAACAAUACGUCCGUGCGUAUUACCCAAAAGAGGAUGGUCCCAAAGAUGCGUCUGUUCAGAACGUCAUUGAUGCACUCGCCGAUGAAAGUCUUAUCACUCUUCAGAUGCUUGCGGAAGCAUGGCCUGGCGAAUACAUAGUUGACUUCGAGUCCAAAGACGUCGAUGAAUCGUCACACGAUACCUCUGUAGCAUCUGAUCCCUUCCCUUCCCUCGUCGAUCUGACCCUCGGGACCGCCCUAGAGCAGGGUAUUUCUGCUGAAGACACGUCGGACCUAGAAAAUCUGGUGUGGCAACCAGCAAAAGCGGUGUUGAUAAAGGCGACUCUUCAAAAGCAGAACCCAUUCCCUGAUGCAGGAGUAUCGCUUCUAACACAGGUUGUACUUCAGAACCCGAAAUCAGUAGAUCUGUCAGGUUUUUCCUUAACUACCGACCAGCUUGUCUCGGUACUAUCUGCAGCCAAAAAGGAUAUCAACACUUUGAAACUGUCUCGAAACUCCAACGUCACUAUUGAAACCGUUAAGGCGGUUUUGACUGACUGUCCAGCUUUGACGCGUCUCGUCUUGUUGGACACAUCCGUCAAAGCCGUCGACUUGCAGACCCUAUUCAAGUCUGACCCACAGAUGUUCUCUCAUCUUCAUGAUCUCAUCCAUCCCUACCUUCUCACUGCUACUAAGAGGGCUACUUACGCGAAUGCGUUCUCGUUCAUUUCUGUCCCAGGACUUGGAGGCGGUAUACCUAUUGCAUCUCUUCCUUUUCUGAAUCCCGCGAAGGUUGUACAGGGUCUUACCGACGCCCUUAUCGUAUACGCGGAGAUGGACCGCCCCAGUUUUGCUGGUCCCGACCAGUGUUCACUCUUCCCUCAAGUCGCAUUCGGUUCCGCUCUGAGAACAGAGACGCAGCGAUGGAGCGAACGUCAUGUUUCCUCUUUUCCUCAGGUAUCAUUUGAUGCCUUCCAAGGUGAAGGAUGGUGUUUUACACUGCAAAAUGAUCCUAUGCAUUGGCUCAGGGGGCGCGGGCUCAACUUCUACGGUUUCUUAAAAUUCGAUGUACCUGCGAUCUGCGCUGAGGUGGAGCGUCAAAAGAAGGCAAAAGACGGCGCCUCUGAUACGAACGCUGCUGGUGACGAGGGCAAGGAGAUUGGCCCACUCGGUAUCAUCUAUGAUUUGGACGAAUUCUUAGCGGCAAUGGAGGCCGAGGGAAGACCUUUACCGACAGAAGCUGCGGUUAACAAACUCCGUGAUAUCAUGGAAGCGAUGAAAUCUAAGCAAGACAUACGCCUCAUGAAGCAGAGCGAUAUUAUCCCAUUUAUCCAAACGAUAUAUGAAGGAGCACAAUUCAGUGAUUAGAUCUAAGCUACGUAUCGAGCUCAUGUAUUGACAUGAAGAAUGUAAACCCCAACAAUUGUAAAAUGACGUCGAAGGUUACGCAAGCAACCAUUCUGAGAUUCGCGUCCUCAAGCGCCCAUCGUCCGGAAAUCCAUGUGACAGGGACAUACUCCCAUCUUUCAAUAGAUUCGUGAUGCAGAGCAUAUGGUGGUAGGAAUAUAGAUGCCGAGACGUUAUCGGCGUUAAGGGACAGCGCCUACCUCGCACCUUUUACCGUGACUUGUCAGUGGCUUGAAAGAACGUAGAACCGCCGAGCUUUUGAUCCGUUUUCACCG